AUGAAGCUUGUGCGAUUCCUCAUGAAACUUGUAGGAGAGACUGUGAUUAUUGAGCUGAAAAAUGGGACUAUUGUGCAAGGGACUGUGAUUGGGGUGGAUAUCAAUAUGAAUACUCACUUAAAAACAGUAAAACUCACACUUAAGAAGAAAAAUCCAAUUUUGAUGGACCAUCUUACAAUUAGAGGGAACAAUAUAAGGAACUUUGUGCUGCCCGAGAGUCUCCCGUUGGAUACUUUACUUAUUGAUGAUAUGCCAAAAAUAUCGAAUAAGCAAUCAGUUAUCGCAAAAGCAAAAUCUAAAGCCAAGAUUGCAAAGACCCACUAA